GAUCAUUGAAAAUAAUCAGUAUUCGUUAGGUUGAUUUGAGUGGAUGUAUAUCAACCAUUUUCCUUGUGUUCCGGCUAUCGUCUUCGAGAAAAUCUAACAGCGUGACCGCCUACACAUUUUAUAAAUAAACAUUCGUGUUUAGUGCAUACUUUUUUCGGAUUUUAGUGAAAAUGGCCAGCGCACCAGUCAAAAAGGUUCCGAUACAUUUACAGAGCUCCCAAAACCGUCUCCUCAUCAAAAAUGGCUGUAUCGUGAAUGCUGAUGGGAUGGAAGACGCUGAUGUUUACAUCGAAGAUGGUGUCAUCAAGCAAGUGGGUAGGAAUUUAAUAAUUCCUGGUGGGACUCGCACCAUAGACGCCACCGGCAAGCUGGUCAUGCCUGGUGGUAUCGAUCCCCAUACACACUUCGAGUUAGAGAUGAUGGGCGCCAAGACCGCUGACGACUUCUAUAAAGGCACACGAGCAGCCGUGGCUGGUGGCACCACCACUAUCAUUGACUUUGUGCUGCCUCAGAAAGGACAGUCGUUGAUAGAAGCCUACGGAAAUUGGAGGCAGAAGGCUGACAAUAAGGCGUGUUGCGAUUACGCGUUGCACGUGGGCGUGACUUGGUGGUCAGCUUCCGUUAAGAAGGAGAUCUCCCAGUUGGUGCACGAUCACGGCGUGAACUCCUUCAAGAUGUUCAUGGCGUACAAAGACGUUUGGAUGCUGGAUGACUAUAACAUGUGCCUGGCGAUGGAGGCGUGCGCCGAGCUGAAGGCACUACCCAUGGUGCACGCGGAAAAUGGUAGCAUUAUAGCACGUAACUCGGAAAAGUUGCUGGAAGCUGGGGUCAAAGGUCCCGAGGGUCAUGCAGCGUCCAGAGACGACCAGGUCGAGGCCGAGGCCGUCAACCGCGCCUGUGUCAUCGCUAACCAGAUGGACGCUCCGCUGUAUAUAGUACACAUGAUGUCUGCCGCCGCCGUGCAGUCACUGCGUAACGCGCGUCGCGUCGCCAAACAUCCAAUAUUCGGUGAAACUUUGGCCGCGACGGUCGGCACUGAUGGCUCGCACUACAAGAACGCGUGUUUCCGCCACGCCGCCGCCCACGUCCUCUCCCCGCCACUCCGCGACCCCAGCACACCGGAAGCCAUCAUCGACGCCCUCGCACACGACGACCUCCAAGUGAUAGCCAGCGACAACUGCACCUUCAAUGAAAAAGAUAAGGAAUUGGGGAAAAACGACUUCACCAAGAUACCUAACGGCGUGAACGGGGUCGAGGACCGCAUGGCUAUACUGUGGCAGAAAGCGGUCAACACUGGUGUCAUGGACCCUUGUCGUUUCGUGGCCGUGACGAGUACCAACGCUGCGAAUAUCUUCAACCUACCGUCCAAGGGCCGCGUGGCGGUGGGCGCGGACGGUGACGUCAUCGUUUGGGACCCUCGCCUCGAGAAGACCAUUUCCGCCGCGACUCACCACCACGCCGUAGAUUUUAAUAUAUUUGAGGGUCAGCGCGUGGUCGGUGGACCUCAAUACGUUAUUGUGAACGGUCGAGUGUGUCUCGAUGACGGUGACCUUAGGGUCGCUGAAGGUUACGGUAAAUUCUUACCCACACCACCAAAUUCUCCGUACGUGUACGGUGAAGUACCCACCACGCCGCAACCGGAAAGGGUCGAAUACUUGCCCUCACCCGCCAGGGUCACUAACGGGACUCCCACAGAACUGCAGAUAUCUCACAAACUAGAAGCUACUUCCGUAUCCGGCUGCAGCACGCCCACCGGCCGGAAGAUGAGGGAGCCCGGACAGAGAAACCUUCAGAAUUCCACCUUCUCCAUCAGCCAGGAAAUGGAGGGACUCGACACGAAGACGUCAGUGCGCGUACGGAACCCACCCGGCGGGAAGUCAUCCGGUUUGUGGUAAAACCGGUAGAAACCGGAUAAAACCAGUUCAAUGAAAACUGAAACCAGUCUCGCCCGGACAGACACUCGUUACAAGCUGUAACAUUUUUACCGUAUUAUAAAUAUUAUUGGUCAGUUAUCAGAAUUAAUAACAUAAAAGGUAUAUGUCAAUAUUAUUAACGUUAGAACCGGGUUGAACCGGAUAGAACUGGUUUUAAGGACGAUCGCUUUUCGCUUGGACAUGACUAAAUUAAUGCAAAACUGACAUAAAAAAAUUUAUUGGAAAAUAAAGUUUUUUUUUUGUAAUAAUCGGAGUAAAUAUAAUGACUUGUUAAUCAUGAUUGAUUGAUUAUAGAAAGGAUGUUUUUUUCAACAUGAAAGUCGCAUUUGUAUUCGAGCUUGUUGCCUUUGAUGUAUGACGUGCAAAAUUGACAGGCAUUUAAUAUGUAUGGAGGAAAUCUGAGAAUAUUUAACUGAGCGUUAGUUUGGAUACAUUAAGACGUUUGUUUUUAGUGAGCGAUCAAUGUUAGCUCGGUGUUAAGUGCAUGUAUUGGUAAUUAUUUAUUUUCUCAUUUCAUAGACUGAUCCACAGACAAGCUAGACUAUAGACGAUGUUUUUACGGAAGUAAAAAAAAUAAUAAUGUUUUUAUAAUUAGUGAAUUUAAAAGUUUUUGUAAUCUGUAAUUUAUAUUGUGAAACGACCAAGUAGAAACGAGUGGUUUUUUAUAAACUUAAAUUAUACAAUUGAUAAUCGCCAUUUUGUUUUUCUAGAAUGUUCUAGAUCAAAACGAAUUCAAUAAUCUUUAUUAUUCAUAAUGAUGUUUUAUAUUUUAUUUCCACCCGCAUGAUCCCUGAAGUGUCCAAAAGUCGAUUUAGUUUUAUUGCUGCAAACAUUGUAUGCGAUAGCAUAAUAUACAUACUUAUUUGUAAUCCGUACUUAUUAACUCUGUUAUAAUAAUAUUUUAAGAUUAGUAACUGUUUAGAUGUAUUUUGCACUUUUCAAAUCAUUAAUAAACAUACAACUACCGCCAUCUACCUUCACUAUUGACAAUUUUAAUACAUUUCAAAGUUUAUUUUACCAAAGAUGUAUAAUUAGUUCUGUGUUACCUAGUUUAUAAUCGGCGUCACUUUUUUUCUGUCUAUUCCUUAAUCCGCAUUGUCACAAAUAAAUAAUGUAAUCUCUUAA